CACGUCUGCCCCACAGCGCGGGUUGGGAGGCUGGUGUGGGGAGGGGGAUGGGGGUGCAGACCCGUGUGUCCCACCCGUGGGCCCCCCUCGUGUUUCCUGCCUGUGGGGAGAGCUGCUCUCCCGCUGCCCUACGGCACCGCCCAGCCCCAUGGUGCGUGGUUCUGCCCCAUAGCGUGGUUCUUUUAGGGAAAGGGGGUGGCUAAGCCCCCGUGGAGUGGGGCUUUGCCCCAUAGCACUCAGACCCCUGCCCCACGGCACUGUAGGGCGUGCAUCCUGCCCCACGGCGCAUCGGGCCACAGGAUGCUACCACGCCCCAUAGCUCAGCGCUCUGCAGGGUACCACCCCGCCCCACAGACUGCACAUCUGGCCCCACAGCACAGCAUCCUGCAGGGUACCGCCCUGCCCCACAGCACAGCGCCCCACAGACUGCACUUCUUGCCCCACAGACUGCACAUCUGGCCCCAUAGCACAGCAUCCUGCAGGGAACCACCCUGCCCCAUGGCAUGGCACCCCACUGGGUGCUGCCCCAUGGCACAGCACCAUCUUGCCCCAUGGCACAGGGUGCCACCCCAUGGCACAGAACCAUCCUGCCCCAUGGCAUGGUGUCACCCCAUGGCGCAGCACCAUCUUGCCCCAUGGCACAAGGUGCCACCCUAUGGCACAGCACCCCACAGGGCGCCACCCCACGGCACAGCACCAUCCUGCCCCACGGCACAGCACCCCACAGGGUGCUGCUCCAUGGCACAGCACCCCACAGGGUGUCACCCUAUGGCAUAGCACCCCACAGGGUGCAGCCCCACAGCACAGCACAAUCCUGCCCCAUGGCAUAGCACCCCACAGGAUGCUGCCCCAUAGCACAGGGUGCCACCCCAUGGCAUAGCACCCUGUGGGGUAUCACCCCAUGGCACAGGUUACCACCCCACAGCACAGCACCAUCCUUCCCCGUGGCACAAGUUGCCACCCCACGGCACAGGGUGCUGCCCCACGGCACAGCACCCCACAGGGCACCCUGCCCGCCCCACAGCCUGCCCCACGGCCACCCUUUCUGCACAGGUUCUCUCAGGGCCGCAUCUACACCUACAUCGGGGAGGUGGUGGUGGCGGUGAACCCCUACCGGGCGCUGGCGCUGUACGGCCCGGGGGUGGUGGAGCGCUACCGCGGCCGCGAGCUCUACGAGCGCCCGCCCCACCUCUACGCCCUGGCCGACGCCGCCUACAAGGCCAUGAAACGCCGCGCCAAGGACACCUGCAUCGUCAUCUCGGGAGAGAGCGGGGCUGGCAAGACGGAGGCCAGCAAGUACAUCAUGCAGUACAUCGCCGCCAUCACCAACCCCACCCAGCGCGCAGAGGUGGAGAGGUGGGUCCAGCCCCACGGCGUCGCG